AUGGCCAGAUCCAUCAUCAGAAAGUGCAAGUGCUCCAGAGGACAUCUAUGCCCGAUCUCCGGAAAGAAAUCACAUUUCAGCACCAGUUUUGGCCAUAGAAAUUAUUCACUCUACGUAAACAGGGUCCUAAAAGAAGUGGUUCCCCAGAGCGGCAUAUCAUCUCACACCUUGGACAUUAUGAAUACGCUGAUCAACGACAUCUUUGAGCGCAUUGCUACGGAAGCUUGCAACCUGAGGCAUCUCAGAAAACGCUGUACCCUCACAUCUGAAGAUAUCCAGAAGGCAGUGCAUUUGCUGUGGCCUGAGAAACUGGCUGAGUACGCAGUAGCUUUUGGAAGCGAAGCAGUCCAUAGAUAUGUCCACUCCUAA